AUGAAUACAUCAUUAACUAAACAAAUUUGUUCUCAUCGUUUUAUUGAUCAAUAUUCUGGUAAAUGUCUUCAUUGUGGUUAUAUAAAUAUAUCUAUUGAAUCAUCUAUUCCUAAGAAUUUUUCUUCACAAAAUGAUGAUAAUGAUGAUAAUGAUAAUAGUUCAUUAGAACUUGAACAUUAUGAACGUUUAGUAUUAAUACUUGAUAAAUGGAAAAAUGAUAUGAUAAAUAAUAUUGAAACAAUAUAUAAAUCAAAAUAUCAACGUUUACGUGAUGAAUUUGAACGACAACAAGCUGAAAGACGUCGUAUUCAUUGUAAACAAACUAAAACUGAUAAUAAUAAUAAUAAUCAAAAUGAAAAAAUUGAUUUAAUAAAUAUAAAUUUUCAAUUAAUUAAUUCAUCAUUUAUUGAUACUGAAUAUACAUUAAUAGCAUCAUCAUCAGAAACAAUAUUUAUACAUGAUGGUCGUAUAUUUAAAUUAUUUGAUAAUAAUCUUAAUCCAUUAAUUGCAUUAGAUUUAACUAAUUCAAUGCGUGAACGUUCAAAAGUUGUUGAUUUAUGUUAUGUUACAUAUUUAUCAUCAUAUUUAAUAUUAUAUGAACAAGGUUUAUGGAUAUUUCAACCUGGUUCAAAUGCUAAUUUAAUAACAUCUAUACAACGUCGUGGUUAUUUAUCAUUAACAACAAAUACAAAAGAUUUAUUUAUACUUGAUAUUGAUGGUACAAUUGAACAACGUUCACUUAUAUCAUGGACAUUUUUACGACGUUAUACAAAACAACAUAUAUUAAAUGAUUAUAUUAAUGAUCAAUUAUUAUUAAUACGUUUUCAUUUAAUUGAAUAUACAAUAUUAAUGAUUAUUAUACGUACAACAAAUAAUCGUCGAUGUUUAAUGUUAUAUAAACAUUAUGGUUCAAAUACAUUUAAAUUAUUAGAAAGAAUAUUAUUUCCAAAUAUAAAUAUAUAUACAAUAUCAUCAAUACAUAUAUCACAUAUAUGGUUAUUAACAACAUGUGAAAAACAAUGUUUUUUUUUUAUUGAUAAUAAACGUGAAUAUAAUAAACGUGAACAACAACAAAUAUGGUUUCAAAUUGAUUGUGAUUAUAGAAUUAAAAAUGCUAUUGAAUUUGGUUCAAAUCAACGAAGUAUUAUUAUAAGAACAAUACGACCAAGUCAAAUAAGACUUUAUCAUUUUUGA